CACUCACGAGCCCGAGCAUUUUCCCAUCCAACAUUUCGCAUUCGUGAAGAGUGCAAAGGCCUUUCAAUUUGUCACCUGAUAUCGCUGUAAAAGCCCAUUGCCUCAAGGAAGAUUGCCAAAGAGCUAAAAAGGUGGACUGCUCGCCCUCGACUCCCGCUUCUGGUUGUCGGCUCUCUCUCUCUUCUCUCCUGUGGUCCUGCGUCCUCUUCUUUCGCUGAUGGCUGCCGGAUGAGGCUAGACAAGGCGAUGCAAUGUGCACCAUCCAGAGAGUAAUGAGGCCCAAAUACCUAAAAUUGUCCAAACGACUUGAUGCUGAUACUGUGGUCCUGCUAGCUCUUCAUCUAUCCCGUCAAGUCUCUUCCGCCUGUGCAGGUCUCGUCGGUCGAACUUACCAAUGAAGGUCUCCGUUUCGACCGGUGCUUCGUCCUGGUCACGCCUCCCAAGGACAACUCCAAGGAGGCGAAAUUCUUGACCAUCAAGAAGCAUUUCAAGCUCAUGCUAUUUAAGCCGACCAUCGACGACUCUUGGACCAAAUUGACAAUCACUCACAUCCACGCCGACCCUCCGUCCUCCAUCACAGUCCCCUUAACCCCGUCACCGCUGUCACUGCUGCAAAACAAAACCUUCGAGGUCAGUAUCUUCGGAACCACCGCCAUCGGCAUCGACUUGGGCGAAGAAUCCGCCUCCUUCUUUUCCAAUCACCUCGGUCAAGAUGUACGACUCUUAUCCAUCGGAGGCACAGGACGUCGUGAGAUUCCCGGGGCAGCCUAUCUACCCAGUCAGCACAAUGCCCUCUCCCUAGCCUUGAGAGAGGGUCUGCAACCUCAACGGAUCCGUUUCGCGGACGCGGCGCCGUUGUUGAUCACGUCGACAGCUUCCGAGGAGGACGCCAGGUCACGGCUCCCCAAGGACUGGCAACACGAAGACAUCAUUGUACGAUUCAGACCAAAUAUCCACAUCGACGUCAAGGGACAUUUACCCGCUUACGACGAGGACAAUUGGUCAUCACUUCUCGUCCGGUCUCAGUCGGAUGAAGCUCAGGAGGUCACCAUCAAAUGCAUCUUCCGUACCGUUCGGUGCCUUAGUCUGAACGCCGAUCCGGACACUGGAGAGAUGAUCCAUCGUGAUCGUCAGUUGUAUGGGCUGUUGGCCAGCGACAGAAGAGUCAAUGACAAGUUUCCUCACAAACCUGUCUUUGGCCAGUAUGGGUUCGCCGGUCCUUCUGGUGCGAUAUUGCGUACAGGAGAUCAAGUCUUUGUGACUGAACGAAAGCAACGCACUCAAGAGCCGGAUGCGGCUAAGCAAUGAGACGCGGAACUGGACUGAAUCGAAUCACAUUCAAAUUCACAACCACAAUCACAAUUGCCUCGACGACAGAACAGAUACGGGAGACUCCAAAGAGAGAGAAACCCAUGACUGCUGCAAUGGAGAAGAAAACGAGAUCAAUCACCCACUAUUCGCUGAAUUUUUCAGGUGCCACGAACAACCAAACCAAUACAAGGCUCUUCAUCACUAGUUACCCAGAAGCCACGAAAGAAUUUCCAUUUCAAUUAAUGAAACGUUCGACGACAUGAACCUCCUUUUUUAUCCUCUUGCCUUCUAGUACGAACUAUGGAAGUACCCCCAUCUCCAACUACGAGAGUAAAAUAAGCACUCGAAAAGACUUUUGGACUGAGCCAGCCACGGAGACUGGGAUAUCACUGAAUUGGAUGAUCGCGUUUCAGGAUACGAGAAUUCCCCAUACGUCCACAUAUCUCAUCUAGAUACGGAGUACAAACAAACAGAAAAUCUCAUGAACAAUACUGCGUACUGCGAUUUCAUCUCCUGAAGAAGAGAGGAUGUUUUAUAGGGGGUAUCAUUCUAACCAGCGCUGUCUCGUUCACACGUAGUCAACGAGGUCACGGCGCGAUAAUAACAUACAAUCCAGGGCGAACUGCCAAAGCCCUCCAAACACCGUCGCUUGCUUUGACCUGACAAAACACACAAAGCCCAAAGCCAAUAGAAAACACGAUUCCGCGCUGCAUCAAACAAAUCGUUAGCCACCAGCUGGACAAAAUCGACGACUAGGCCAAGGGACUCUCCGGCCUGGCCACGCCUUGACCCUCCCUCCACUUCCUCGCCUUGACCGGGUCGAACCUCCAGACACCGUUCGACCCUCUCAGCCUCUCCACCUCGUCCGCGCCGUCCUCGGAGGCCGCGACCACGUCGAACAACUUCUUCACCGCGGGGUCGGUUUCCUCGUCUUCCCCUUCUCCGACCCGGUUGAAGAAGGUGCACUCCCACUCCUGACCGGCGGCGCGUUCGCGUUUCCUCAUCCGCCGCUGCGCCUCCUCGAGUUUGCCCUUCUCGGCGACCGUGGCGGUCUGGUCUCCGCGUCGGAUCGCGUCGAACGCGUCCCGCCACGCCCGUCGGCUCUCCCACGGCGACUGCUGGUCGAGAGGUCUGAUGGUCAUGGGCGCGGGGGCGUUCUCCGGGUCCGCCAGGUCAAAAGUGUCUACCUGGUGGCCGUGGGUGUUGUAGACCCCGAACCGACUGCUCCAGUGACCGCCGAGGGAAUAGACGGCGUCCUUUGUGGCGUCGUCGGUCUUGUACACCGCCGCCUCGAAGGCGUUGCGUUCCCCACCCCACAUCCUCUUCGGGAUGAACUUCAUCUCGGCCGUGUAGCCUGCCGAACUGACGAUCCUGUAGGUGUCCCCCAACUCGGGCCAGGGGACGCCCGUCAAGACGCCCCGUGCGCGCACGUCGGGGAGCGGGAGGAGGUACGUUUCGUCGUACCUGUCGAUGGUGAUGACGGCGUGGCCCGAUUGUCGUAUCACGAUCGACGUGCCCGAGAGCGUGGUCUGUUGCGUCGAGUACGCCUCGGCGUGGAUGCCGUGUCGUUCGUCGGACGAUACGUAGCACGCCGUCGUGGGAGGGUGGUGAGACACUUGUUCGGUGAUGACCCUGACCGUGGAGGACUUGUCGGAGUCUUCCUUCUCGGACGUCAGGUCGUGGUCGGUGAAUUCGCACAGGAAGAGUUCGCCGAGGAACGGGUUGAGCGGUUUCUUGAGUCCUUCCUUGACGGUGCGGCCCACGUAGUACUGCCGUUGGAGGGAGGCGAGGUAUAGUUUCAGGACGGCGAGGCAACGCUUUUCCGGUGUGGGUUCGUGGGCAGCGGCGGUGAACAAUGACGGUCGUUCGGCCCAGUAGCUGGGGAAUUCCGUGAGGGAUUGAGGUGCGAGGAUAAAUGGAGGUGCCGUGAUGUGGGAGAUGUCGCCGGAGACUGUGGCCAAGAAAGCCAAAAAGUCUUUGAGGGCAGACACAUUGCCGAGUCUGGCGACCAUGAUGGGCGGCUUGUGUUGGGGGAAAUACGGCCAAAUGUAGGUAAUCGUUGUAUGUCGGUGGUGGAGGUCGAGGAAACAGGACGGUUUGGUAGGGUGAGGAUAGAGAGAGGACCGCAGAAAUAAGAAUGGCGGGGGCAAGGAUAAGGAUGAGAUAGAGAUAGAGAUAGAGAUCAAGAGGAAUGGUCGAGAAGAGGGUAGUAGGCUCUUGGGAAGUUAUAUUUCUUGGGCUUGGGAAGUUGUUGGGAGAUGAUCUGGUGAGGUGCGGUGAAAGAGGGUUUUGUAGACAAGAAAUCCGGGAGCAACUGGCACCUUCUCACCUUGCAUGUGA